AUGACUAUUCCACUCCAGGCCACCACAACUCGGGACGCUGCUGCACCACCAGCUCGUGAACCACUCUACCAGCGUCUCCUCGAUGCCGCGCGCGACCGCCAUAUCACGCCACCCAUCACCCGAAAAGACACUGUUGCAUGGAAUGGUUGCUCCCCCGGCAAUGACGGCCACACGGAUGGUCACCCGCAGAGAGUCACCAUUGAAGCCGCUGCAUACCCGCACCUCAUCGACAACAUUAUCCGCUACUGCGACCGCCAGACACUGUGGUCCAUUGCGGCCACUUCGCGACAGGGACUCUGGAGCGCACUGCGCCAUGUCGCUCAACAUGUCACCUUGACGGACCUGCAGCCUUCCCGCGAAGAGCGGUUUCGCGCUGGGCCAAGGGCGUGCGGUGUAGAAGUCUGGAGCCUGCUCGGUCUGCUGGUCAUUACUCUCGAGACAGACAAAGGUACGAAACACGCUUUCCACUGGACUGUUCCCGCCACAACCAACCCAGGCGACACUGCCAACUGGAGCGAGACGCUGCUCCUUUUCCUCUUGACGCAUACAAAGAUUGUAGACCUCGAAGGCCACUUUGGCACGACAUGGAACUGGGUCAGGAAGCGCCCCGUUGCGUUUCCAGCCAUGCUCGCUGUGGCUCUCAGCGGGGUCCACACGGCACGACUCUUCCUCGAAGCGGGUCAGCUUCUGCACGAGUGUCCUCUGAACACCAAGACGCUGGUCGUGUUCACCGCCGCUUAUCCCCAACGCCAACUAGCCCAGGGAUUAACGGACAUUGUCCCGGACCAGGUUGAGACGUUGGUGCUCACGCAUGUGUUCCACGACUGGAGUGUCUUCACCCAGGGCCACAUCCGCCGAUUCCCGUACAGUGUCAGCCUAACUCUCAAGCGAGUUGUGAUUGUGUUGAACAUCCGUGAGACCAUGGACAGGUUGUCCCAUCAUCCUGGACUCUUUGCGCCACAGCGACAGCAGUUCGGUGUGCUGCAGGGGAUUGUGAGCGAGAUGCAGCUCUGCCUACCGCACAUUGCCCACACCAUUGUGGUACCGGUGACCAUUCACCCCAACCUACUCUGCCAACGUGCGCCGGCGUCGUUCGGAGAGGUGAGGCAGAGAUUCUACAUUCAGUUGGCUGCCCAAAGACAGAUAAGCAUGAGAGCUGCGGUAUCAGUUGUCCGCCUCCUCUCCAUGGACGAAUACCGCUCGGAGACGAGCGCGCAAGACUUUGAGAUAGAGACCAAUCCUGAGACAGUUGAUAGAUUGUGGAUGUAG